CAUCUUCUUCUGAUGUUUGUAAGCUAAAACGUUCACUCUAUGGCUUAAAACAAGCUCCACGGGCUUGGUUUGAUAAGAAAUGACUCUGCAUUAAUCUCUCAACUUCAAGAGCAUCUUCAACGUUCUUUUCAUAUGAAAGAUUUAGGUCCUCUACAAUAUUUUUUGGGCCUAGAAGUGCACUCUACCUCAGCUGGUAUUUUCUUACAUCAACAUAAAUACAUCCAGGAAUUAAUUGCUUUGGCAGGUCUUCAAGAUGGUCGGUCUGUUGAUACUCCCUUGGAAGUAAAUGUUAAAUAUCGCCGUGAUGAGGGUGAUUUUCUCUCAGAUCCCUCUCUCUAUCGGCAAUUGGUGGGAAGUCUUAACUAUUUAACUAUUACUCGGCCUGAUAUUUCAUUUGCUGUUCAACAAGUUAGUCAAUUUAUGCAGACGCCUAGGCAUCUCCAUCUAGCUGCUGUUCGUCGCAUUAUUCGCUAUUUACUAGGCACUUCCUCUCGUGGUCUUUUCUUCUCCAAAAAUUCUCCUAUUCAUUUGGCAGCCUAUAGCGACGCUGACUGGGCAGGGUGUUCAGAUACUAGACGAUCAAUUACUGGUUGGUGCAUGUUUCUUGGAAAUUCUCUUAUUUCUUGGAAAAGCAAAAAGCAAGAUAGGGUGUCUAAAUCCUCUACUGAGUCAGAGUAUCGUGCUAUGUCCUCUGGAUGUUCUGAGAUCAUUUGGCUUCGAGGCCUCUUAGGUGAGCUUGGGUUUCCCCAACUUGCACCUACUCCCCUUCAUGCCGAUAAUACUAGCGCUAUUCACAUUGCUGCUAAUCCUGUAUUCCAUGAGCGUACAAAACAUAUUGAAGUUGAUUGUCACUCCAUCCGUGAGGCAUAUGAUGAUCAUGUUAUUUCUCUUCCUCAUAUUACCACUGAUCUCCAAACUGCUGAUAUAUUUACUAAAGCUCUCUCCCGUCAUAGACACAAUUUUCUGGUUGACAAAUUGAUGCUUUUUGAUCCACCAGCAUCAAUUUGAGGGGGGAUAUCAAGGGCAGUAGUUGGGAUCUGGUCUACUAAAUGCAAAAGUCAAGAACAGCUGCUUAUGGAAGUCAAGGACAGCCUGCUAGCAAAAGUAAAAGUCAAGAACAGCUGCUUAUGGAAGUCAUGGGCAGCAACUGAUUAUGAGAUCUGAUCUGCUAGCAAAAGACAAGAACAGCUGCUUAUGGGAUCUAGUCUACUAAUUGCACUAAUCAAGGAGAGCUGAUUAUA